GAGACAGACUGAAAAACCCGUUGGCGCGCCGCGGGAGAUUUCCCGCCGUAUGAAAUUCAGCACGCGUUAUUCAUUAACCAGAAGUCCAAGAAAAUUCGUCAUCUCCUUUUUUAGACCGUUGCUUUUGCUCACUGGAUUCUUUGAUUCUCGGUGUCUGUUUAUGUGUGGAUAUUCUUUUGGGAGAACUUUUCAACCAGUUGAUGCAAAUACCUACCGCAAUAGGAUUUUACAAAAUUCUAGUUUUCUCCUUCCGUUAAUCCUUCCCGGGAAACGACCGAAAUUGAAAUUGUCGUGUAGGGGCAGAACUCACGCGUCAGUGUAAUUAAAGCCCUCUUUCGAAGUCAAGAAAAUCCAGAGAUGGAAUCAAAGUCUUCGUUCAUCGAUUCAAGGAGAAACUUGUAUGUUUCUUCAAGUUGGUUUGGUUUGAAGACUUUGGGGAAUUUCAGUUAUUGGUGGUGGCGGUCUGUAUUGGUGCUUGAGUAGAGUUUGUGUUGGCCCUGGAGAAAAUGAGGACUGGGAACCGAAAGAGGAAGCUAAGGCUAAGCAAGAUCUAUUCAUUUGCUUGUGGAAGAACUUCAUUGAAAGAUGAAGAUCAUUCACAAAUUGGAAUGCUCGGGUUCUCCCGGGUGGUUUUCUGUAAUGAUCCUGAUUGUUUGGAGGCUGGAAUGCGUAAUUAUGUUAACAACUCUAUCAGUUCUACAAAGUACACACCUAUCACUUUUGUGCCCAAGUCGCUGUUUGAGCAGUUCAGGAGGGUGGCUAAUUUUUACUUCUUAAUUGCUGGUUUAGUAGCCUUCACUCCUCUUGCUCCUUAUACUGCUGUCAGUGCAAUUGUCCCUCUUAUUGCAGUCAUUAUUGCGACAAUGGUUAAAGAAGGUGUUGAAGAUUGGAGACGAAAAGCACAGGAUAUUGAGGUGAAUAAUAGAAUGGUUAAAGUUCAUCAAGGCAAUGGAGUCUUUGAUAAUACUGAAUGGAAAACUUUGAGGGUUGGAGAUAUAGUGAAGGUUGAAAAGGAUCAAUACUUUCCAGCCGACCUUCUUUUGAUUUCAUCCUGCUAUGAGGAUGGAAUCUGUUAUGUAGAAAUGAUGAACCUUGAUGGGGAAACAAAUCUAAAGGUAAAGCAAGCACUCGAUACAACUGCAUUUGCACGUGAGGAUUCUAACUUUUUUGACUUUAAGGCUACAAUCAAAUGUGAAGACCCAAAUGCAAAUCUUUAUACCUUUGUUGGGAGUAUGGACUUUGAAGAUCAAAAAUAUCCACUUUCUCCACAAAAUCUUCUCCUGAGAGACUCCAAACUCCGAAACACAGAAUAUAUAUAUGGGGCUGUUGUCUUUACUGGCCAUGAUUCAAAGGUUAUUCAAAAUUCUACUGAUCCACCUUCUAAGAGAAGCAAAGUUGAGAAGAAGAUGGAUAAAAUUAUAUAUCUGUUGUUUAGCUGUCUAUUCAUGCUGGCCUUCAUUGGAUCUAUAAUCUUCGGAGUUAUGACUAAAGAUGAUCUUAAAAAUGGGAGGACAAAGAGAUGGUACCUUAGGCCAGAUGAUUCUACUAUUUACUUUGAUCCCAAAAAUGCACCAGCUGCUGCAAUUUUCCACUUUCUGUCAGCACUGAUGUUGUAUAACUACUUUAUCCCUAUAUCCUUGUAUGUGUCUAUAGAAGUUGUCAAAGUUCUUCAGAGUAUCUUUAUCAAUCAAGACAUUCACAUGUAUUAUGAAGAAGCUGACAAACCAGCACAUGCCCGCACCUCCAAUUUGAAUGAGGAACUUGGUCAAGUUGACACUAUACUCUCUGACAAGACCGGAACUUUGACCUGUAACUCAAUGGAGUUUAUCAAGUGUUCUGUGGCUGGAACAGCUUAUGGAAGCGGAGUCACUGAAACUGAGAGAGCUAUGGAAGGCAGAAACGGCAUGCCAAUGCUUUACGGAAAUGGCAAUGGAAACACCUAUAAGCACAAUGAGGAUGCUACAGAUACAACUCCCUCUGUCAAAGGCUUUAAUUUUAAGGACAAUAGGAUUAUGAACGGAAACUGGGUUAAUGAACCUCAUGCAGAUGUCAUCCAGAAGUUCUUCCGCCUCCUUGCCACUUGUCAAACAGCUAUUCCAGAUGUUGAUGAAAACACAGGCAAGGUUUCAUAUGAAGCUGAAUCGCCAGAUGAAGCAGCAUUUGUAAUUGCUGCCAGAGAAAUUGGUUUCGAAUUCUUCCAGAGGACACAGACAAGUAUAUCGAUUCGUGAACUCGAUCCUAGGUCUGGAAGGAAGGUUGAAAGGUCAUAUAAGCUUUUAAAUGUUCUGGAGUUUAAUAGCGCCAGGAAGAGGAUGUCUGUUAUAAUAAGAGAUGAAGAAGGGAAAGUACUAUUACUAUGCAAAGGUGCUGACAGUGUCAUGUUUGAGAGGCUUGCCAAGAAUGCUAGUAAAUUUGAAGAGAAAACGAAGGACCAUAUCAAUGAGUACGCUGAUGCAGGGCUAAGGACCUUGGUACUUGCUUAUCGUGAACUUGAUGAGGAGGAAUACAAAUUAUUUGAUAGGCAAUUCAAUGAAGCUAAGAAUUCAGUUAGUGCAGAGAGGGAUUCAUUGAUUGAUAAAGUAACAGAUCGCAUUGAAAGGGAUUUAAUUCUUCUUGGUUCCACAGCAGUUGAGGACAAGCUUCAAAAUGGAGUCCCUGAAUGCAUAGACAAACUUGCCCAAGCUGGGAUUAAGAUCUGGGUUUUGACUGGGGACAAGAUGGAGACUGCGGUCAAUAUUGGUUUUGCCUGCAGUUUGCUUAGACAAGGAAUGAAACAGAUUAUUAUAUCUCUGGAAACACCAGAAAUUCAGGCCUUAGAAAGGACAGGAGAGAAGGAUAUGAUCAGUAAGGCAUCAAAAGAAAGUGUCAUCCACAAGAUAACUCGGGCAAGGUCUCAGCUCACUGCAUCAAGUGGAAGCGCAGAGGCUUAUGCAUUGAUAAUAGAUGGGAAGUCACUUACUUAUGCUCUAGAGGAUGAUGUGAAGGAUGCAUUCCUUGAGCUCGCAAUUGGGUGUGCAUCUGUUAUUUGCUGUCGCUCAUCACCAAAGCAGAAAGCAAUGGUCACUCGAUUGGUUAAACUUGCAACGGGGAAAACAACAUUAGCAAUUGGUGAUGGCGCAAAUGAUGUUGGAAUGCUUCAGGAAGCAGAUAUUGGCAUUGGAAUUAGUGGUGCCGAAGGAAUGCAGGCUGUCAUGUCGAGUGAUAUUGCAAUUGCUCAGUUCAGAUAUUUGGAGCGUCUACUACUUGUACAUGGACAUUGGUGCUACAGGAAAUUGUCAUCAAUGAUAUGCUACUUUUUCUACAAGAAUUUUACCUUUGGUUUUACGCUUUUCUUAUACGAGGCAUACACUUCAUUCUCUGCACAACCUGCAUAUAACGAUUGGUUUAUGUCACUCUACAAUGUUGUGUUCUCCGCACUGCCAGUUGUGGCUCUUGGGGUGUUUGACCAGGACGUGUCUGCAAGAUAUUGCCUUAAGUUUCCUAUGUUGUACCAGCAAGGUGUUCAGAAUGUCCUCUUCAGCUGGGCCCGGAUACUCAGCUGGAUGUUUAAUGGUUUGUGCAGUGCGUUGAUCAUUUUCUUUUUCUGCACAAAUGGAAUGAAGCAUCAGGCAUUUAACCCCGAUGGGAAAACUGUGGGGAGAGAUAUCCUUGGAACGACAAUGCUGUCAUGUGUUGUUUGGGUCGUCAACUUGCAGAUGGCACUCUCUGUUAGCUACUUCACCUUGUUACAACAUAUUUUCAUCUGGGCUUCAAUCUUUAUCUGGUACCUCUUUUUGAUGAUAUAUGGAGCCUUCCCUGCCAACAUUUCAGGAAAUGCAUAUCGUGUGUUCCUCGAAGCCCUUGCUCCUGCCGGGUCUUAUUGGGUUCUGCUGAUCUUUGUGGUGCUCUCUACUCUCAUUCCAUUCUUUGUGUACUCAGCAUUACAGGUGAAUUUCUUUCCGAUGUACCAUGAAAAAAUACAGUGGAUCAGGCACAAUGGUAAGGGUCAGAUAGACAAUCCUGAGUUUGUCAAUAUGGUCAGGCAAAGCUCGUUGAAACCAGCAACUGUCGGCUUCACUGCUCGUUUGGCAGCCAAAAUAAGAAGAGAUAAUUCAUAGAUCGUUUCUGAAAAACAGCAGGAAAUGAAGAAAGAUUAUGGUCUGAAGUCUUCAAGGAAAGUGGAAAGGCCAUCAUCUCAUGUACAAGGAAUUACUUGAAUUGAUUGAUAGUGUACAGUUGUAGGAUAAAAUUGUUGUUCAGCUCUGCAGGAACCUGAAAUUGAAUUCCCCUUUCCCCAAAAGCUUCCAAAACCAAACUCUCCCUUCUCCUGCAAAUCCUCCAUAACCUUCUCAAUCUCUUCCAUACAACAACUCAAACCCAACCCAUCUCUUUCAUUCUUCAUACAUCUUUCAUUACUAAUUCCUCUAAGCUCAUCUUUAUAACCACUCAUUACUCUCUCUACCAUCUUUACCUCCUUUUGUCUUUGUCUUGGCCUUCUUUUGGCGAACUCUCUUGUCUUUCGAAUGAGCUUCCAUGGAAGCUUGAGUAACAAAAGGAGAGUGAUCUGCAACGCCAGGCACUCACAGCAACAACAUAUGGCAAUGCAGUCGGCUGCUAGCAUGUUUGGAUCUUCCAUGGUUGCGGAAGAGAGGUGGUGGAGAAGAAGAUGAUGAUAAAAAGAAGAAGACAUUGCUUGUUAAGGAAAUAGUUCCCUGUCUUCAAAAUGGAUUCUGUGGUUGGGAAUGCAACAAAAGUAGGAAAGAGGAUCUUUCCUGUAAACUCUUACCUUUUUUCUGUAGCAUCCAUAUGGGUUUGACAGAUGAGAUGGGAAUGUUUAAGUUGAAGGCCAAGGCAAACUAAAUGCCUUUUCUAGAA